GCCUCUGUGCGUGCGGAGGUGCAGAAAGUCCUUGAGAGCUCGCAGGAGCUGUGCACGAAAACGGCCAAGAUCAUGUCGAUCUUGCAGAGCGCCGGCCUGGCGUACAAGCGAAGGGAGCCUGUGACGGCUAUGCUCGUGCAUCCCAUGAACCGCGGAGGCCUCAUGGUGCACGCGCAUGACGCGCACGCCAACGGCAUCACGAUGCUGGAGGCAGGGUUGCGACGAGAGCUCUUGGAAGCUGGCAGCGUGUGCUUUGAGAUGAGCAGCGACCCGAAGGUGCGCGAGACGCAGUACGAGGCGAACGAGCGCGUAGUCGCUGAAGCCGAGGGCCUUUUAGGGCCUGUGUCGAGAACCGAGCGCUUUUUGAGCGUGGCUGGUUCCCACACGGCCGCCUUCUUGAAGGCGGCCGUGUGUGGCGCUCGCGGAGCGGACGGCAGUAACUUGCGCGCCCUUGUGGCGGGACGCGGGUCCGACGAUCCGGUGAGUGCCUGUGUGCGCGAGGGAUGGGAGUGGCUCAUCAUCUCCUCCGCGGUUGAAGAGAGCUUUCCACAGCUUCCCAGUGUUGUACAGCAGGCGUACAACACUGCGCACGCAGCUGCGAAGAGGUUGAGCGAGAUGGACUUCAUGCGCGCAGUUGCCGCGACCGAAGUCAAGGGGCAGCUACUGCCUAUGACGCGUUGCGCGUUCUUGGCCUGUCAGCUCACGGCGCCGCCGGACAAGGUCAAGGACGGUUUCGCGCGCUUGCUUCUGCCGAGCGACGUCGAGAAGUUGAAAGCGGUGGCGCUCGAGGAGCGAGUGAGUCAGACAGAGGAGUGCCUGGCGCGCGCCUGGCCGCUGUACGUGAGCGCAGCGGCCCUGCAGUCCGAGGUCUCGAAUGCGCCUGUGAAGGCGAUGGGGCGCAUGAUGGUGCGGUCCGUGCUGCUCUUGCUGCAAAAGCAGAAGGCAGGCUGGGAAGAGCAGAAGUUU